AUGUAUUACUACACCAUUACGAUCAUGGUCUUCGGGUUUGCCAAAAAUAUAGCGGACGACAAAGAUUCUCUGAAUUCGGAAUUCCAUAGGUUCGCGGCAGAUACGUGCUUACAGUCCGCACGGCAAAUUGCCAAACUGGUAGAUAUUCAUCGGUCAUCCUGGGGUUUAGAUCUUUUCGUGGUGACGUAUAUUCAGUGGAUCACUGUCUCACUGUUUACAUUGCUGGAGGAUUUAAACGACCCAAUGAAUCGGGAGGCAUUCGCCAGCCUCAGUGUUGCUGCGAAGGUGGCGUCGCGACGUUGGGUUUUAGGAAAAGGUAUGCUACGGGCUGUUCAGGUCACGGCGCGAAAGAUGGAAGUGUCCUUGCCUUCCGAGACUGAUGUGCUCUUCUCGGACUUUGAAAAACAAAGUUGGGGCCCGAAAGAUCGACGAGAACUUAGCAGCUCGUAUCCAAACUUUGCUGUUUCAAUCGGAUCAUUCCAGACUGAUGAAGUCGAACUCGACAAGUUCCUGGAAAAAUGGGACACUCUGGACAUUUCCGAUUCCGGUGAGGUGGACAAGUCACGGUCUCCUGCUGAAUAG